UUAAAGCGAGGACCUACUUCACUUCAUGCCCAAAUUGUUUCCUAGUUCCUGUAGUUUCGACAUAUUAGCAGACGUUAGAAGUGUUGUUAUGUUAUUCAGGUCAUUGGUGGCGAGUGCCUGCACACUGGGUGUACUAGGAGCAGCUACUACGUAUAAAUUUGCUCCCGUACAGGUUCGAUCUGCGCUAAUACAUUCCGAUAGGAAAUCCGUGCUUGUGGCCCAGUCCGACAUGAAGAUCGAAAUGUUACCUGCACUCACAGACAAUUACAUGUAUCUUCUCAUUGACGAGGACACCAGGGAAGCUGCGAUCGUUGACCCCGUGGAACCGGUCAAGGUUUUAGAUGCCAUCAAGAAACACCGAGUUAAACUUACCACGGUCUUAACGACACAUCAUCACUGGGACCACGCUGGUGGGAAUGAAAAACUGGUGAGACUGGCACCAGGUCUUAAAGUGUACGGAGGUGAUGACAGAGUGGGAGCGCUGACGCAGAAAAUCUCUCAUUACAGCACUUUCAAAGUUGGGUCUCUUAAUGUAAAGUGCCUGUUUACCCCAUGCCACACCACUGGGCACAUCUGCUACUUUGUUACCAAGGACAACAGCUCCGAACCUCCAGCCGUUUUCACUGGCGACACUCUGUUCAUCGGGGGCUGUGGGAAGUUUUUCGAGGGCACGGCGGACGAGAUGUAUAAGGCGCUGAUCGAGGUCCUUGGACGCCUGCCUUCUGAAACGCGUGUUUACUGUGGACACGAAUACACCAUCAACAACCUCAAGUUUGCGAGACACGUGGAACCGAACAACGAGGCUAUCCGGAAGAAACUGGCCUGGGCCAAGGAAACAUACGAUAAUGGAGAGCCGACCAUCCCCUCUACUGUGGGCGAGGAGUUCACAUAUAACCCCUUCAUGAGAGUUAGGGAGAAAUCUGUGCAGGACCACGCUGGGAAAACUGACCCCAUUGACACCAUGCGCAGCAUCCGCAAAGAGAAGGACAACUUCCGGGUCCCCAAGGACUAAGUGCGAGGAGUGUGGGGGGAGGGGGGGAAUCAGAAAGUGGCAUGGUCUCCUGAGAAAAUGUCAUCACUACUUUGCAUUUCAGUGCACUGCAAGCUGUCACUACCUAUCACAGUGAACACAUCGUACAUACAUGGAACACACAACACGCCACCAUAUUUUACACCAGAACCUCUGCAGUGUGUGUGGCACGGAUGUGCAGCAAGCUAAAAUAAAUAAAUAAAUAAAUAAGCUGCACUAAUGAACAGAGAAGCCUGGAUGUGCAAAAUUAAAUCUCAGUUCUAACAUAUUUAAUAUAGUUUUUGUGUGUUUAAACAUGGUUUUGAGCAAAUGUGCUACAGAGGUUGUGUAGCAUGAAUGUAUAUAAAGAUAUCUAUUUUACUAAUGAUUGAUGACUCCCAACUGGCACCUUCUGUGGCUCAAAUCUGAUAUAAAUUCAUUUUAAAAAUGUGUAUAUAAAUAUAAAGGCAGGGAGUAAGGAUUUAAAAAAUAUUUCUCAUCAUGUGCAAUUUAUUUUUUCAUUUUAAUUUACAGGACACCAGAGUAAAUGUUUAUGGUUUUCUGUGAGUUGUCUAGGUCCAAAGGCUUAAUAGGCAACUGCAUGUGGAAAAUGUUGCACACCUCAGUCCCAGAUUAUCCUUCUGUGUUUGACAAUGUGUUAUAUUCUUUUACCUGUUCAGUUUGUAUGCUUGGACAGUGUUCUUAUGUAAUGCUGAAUUUUAAAGUUUGUCUUAUUUUGGUGGGGGUGGGAAAACAAGAAACCAUAAAUGCUUUAGAUUAUUUUUAAGCAUGAUGUCAGUGUUUACCCUAAGCAAUUGCUAAAUAGAUUCAAUCUGUAAUUAUUAUACAGUGUCAACGUUAUGACUUUGUCUUGGAGUUUAAAGUUAUAACAUGGCUUUUGUGCAAAAGACAUUUCCAGAUUUUCAACAAUAAAGCACACCAUAAACAAUGCCA